GAGUUAGGGUAGUGGGAUUAGGAAAGUGCUCAGCACAGUACACUCAUGCCUACCUCUUUCUUCACUUUCUUCUUCUUCCCAUCAAUAUCCGCCGGGAAAUCCUAAUGCACGGCGAAUCCACCAGCCGGAAAAACCACCCAAGUUUAUGUUCAGACUUCUUCUUGUUUGGUUUUCUCAUUGUUUUCUUGUUGAGUUUUCAUCAUGGGUGUUGUAAAUCAGAUAUUCAUAAUGGAUACAGGUUAACGCUUGCUGUACCUGUUGAAUAUAGUGUAGGUUUUAUUGGGAGAGCUUUUCUGAUGGAGACUAAUCAAAUGGCACCAAAUUUUAAAGCUGCAUUGAGUGUUGAAGCCGUUAAUGGGAGAUACUCUUGUUCUUUAGAAGUUUUUCUUGGAGAUGUCAAGGUGUGGAACUCCGGACAUUAUUCACAGUUUUAUGUGUCAGAAAAAUGUGUCCUCCAACUCACUGAACGCGGGGAUUUACUGUUAAAAGGUCCAAAGAAUCGAGUUGGGUGGCGAACUGGGACUUCACGACAAGGUGUGGAGAGAUUACAGAUUUUAAAGACGGGUAAUUUAGUUCUAUUGGAUGCACUGAAUCUUGUAAAGUGGCAAAGUUUCAAUUUUCCUACUGAUGUAAUCCUUUGGGGGCAGAGUUUAAAUGUGGCCACUCGCUUAACUUCUUUCCCCACCAACUCAACAGAAUUCUACACGUUUGAAAUUCAACAUGACAAGAUUGCUUUAUACCUUCACUCAGGUAAGUGGAACUAUUCUUACUGGGAAUUUAAGCCUUCCAAGAACAGAAACAUCACCUAUAUUUUUUUGGGUACAAAAGGCUUAGAGAUCUACAAUGAUAAAGCUAAAAAAAUCGCUCAGAUUUUUUCAUCACCAAUAGACCCUCUGAGAUUUUUAACACUGGGAAACAAAACAGGAAAUUUAGGACUCUAUUAUUACUCAGACGAUGAGCAUAAUUUUAAGGCAGCAUUUCAAGCAAUUAACAACACUUGUGAUCUUCCCCUAGCUUGUAAACCUUGUGGCAUAUGUACUUUCUCCAAUUCUUGCUCUUCUAUUCAUUUGUUAACACAAAAAGACAAGGGUAAUUCUGGUUGUGGUGAAGGAGCUCCUGGAGAAGUUUUAUGUGGAAGAGAAAAGGUUGAAAUGCUUGAACUCCAUGGAGUUACCAGUGUGCUAAAAAUUGCUCCUAAAAGGGUUAACGUUAGCAAGGAUUUAUGUGCAAAUUUGUGCAUAGAUGAUUGUGAAUGUGUUGCUGCAUUAUAUUCUUCUGAUGUAAGAGAAUGCAAAAUCUAUGGAGUGGUUAUUGGGGUAAAGCAAAUUGAGAGGGGAUAUGGAUUGAGUUAUAUGGUGAAGGUUCCAAAAGGUACACAGACAAGCCAUGGCAAGUCAAAUUUGAAAAAGUGGGUUAUAAUCUUGGUGGGAGUGGUUGAUGGUUUGAUUAUUCUACUUGUUUUUGGAGGGCUCACUUACUAUUUGGUUCAGAAAAGAAGAAAAAAGUUAUUGGCUACUGAGACUGACAACAACACUACUUGAAAACAUUGUAAUUUUUUUUCUUUUUUUGGUUAU